UUAAUAAUUAAUUAAUGAAGAGUGGAAACAUUAAAACAGAAGCUUAAUAUGCUAAAGCUAAUUUUUAUUAUAGUGAUGGAACAGGUAUUAAAGAAUAUUAAAUAUAAUAAAGGUCGUGAUACUUAUGUUCAAUUUGAUAACGGUGGAUUAACAUUACAUGCUUAGAGAUGUCAUUAAGCACCUGUUGGUAGUUUUAUACCUAAAAAAUCAACUAAAAUUUAUAGACCUUAAUCAAGCAAUAAGACUUUACAUUAUAUUAGUAAUGGAAGUGGAAGAGAUAAUUAUAUUUUGUAAAUAGUAUUUAUUAUAAAAAUGUUAAUAGAGAUUGUCAUGGUGGAUUAAUGAAUACAUAAGCAGAUAGUCAUUGGUUAGUCUCAUUUAAAUAAGGAUUGAGAACACCUGAUAGAACAAGGUAAUUAUAUUCAUAUACAACUUUAUAUAGACCUCGUUCUGGUGCUAAAACACCUUAAUAUUCUUAUCAAUAAAGAAUUUGUAGACGUCUUUCUGUUCCAAAAUAUAAAAAUAUUCCAUUUGAAAAACAAUUAUAAAGUCAAGAUAUCAUAUGA